GUUUUCGAAUGUCAAACGAAUUGGAACCCUGCACCCGAUACGUCCUCGAGACGGUUCGCCCCCUCCUAAACCCUAGCUCCGUAGCUCGCGUCGCCUUUCGUCCUCUACUCUAAUCUUGUCGACCCGCCACCGCCUUACUCCCUUUCUCAUCGGCCCGCACCUGCAGCAGCAGCUAGUCUCUUCCAAUGGCGACUGUGCCAGUUAACCCAAAACCUUUCUUGAACAAUCUGACAGGGAAGCCUGUAAUUGUCAAACUUAAGUGGGGUAUGGAGUACAAAGGGUAUCUCGUUUCUGUGGACUCCUAUAUGAAUCUUCAGCUUGCUAACACAGAGGAGUACAUUGACGGACAAUUCUCUGGAAACCUGGGUGAGAUUCUGAUCAGGUGCAACAACGUUCUGUAUCUCCGAGGUGUUCCAGAGGAUACAGAGAUAGAGGACGCGGAGUGAGAAGGCAUGGACCUAGAUUGAUGGAUGUAAUAUGCUUCUGACAACAACAUACUAGUUUAGCCUUUUUCAGAUGCACUCUACUGAUACAGUAUCCCUGAUCAUGUACCAUUUGCUUGCUGCCGUUCUAUCCAUAACUUUCCAGUCUUGUGAUUUGUGACUCAACAGGUUAGCAGUAGACAUGAAGAAGAAAAUAACAAAAUUGUCACAGCAA